UCUUCCCAACGUAGUCAUUCUUUCUCUCAAUCGAAGCGUGCGAAGAGAAACCUUACUGACAUCUUAAAAUUUAUUUCAUCAAUGGAUUCAACUCCUCCAUCUCGCCGAUCUAACGCCAAGAACCGGCCCAAAUCGGCCUCACGUCUCUCCAGAUUCAGCUGUUUCGACGCAGAAAGUGAAGAUAGCCUUCGCAUCUCUCUAGAUCUUGUCCCUUCUUCACCAAAAAUUGAAGCUUUAACUCCUUCUCCAUCUCCAUCUCCAAGACCUUCAAAUUCUCUCCCUAUUCACGAGCUCCUUCUACUUUCCCCUUCCCCUGUUAAAAGAUCGAAGACCCGUCUUUCUGAUCGGCUUGAAAUUGCAGAGGAAGUAUCUGGCGAUCAUGUAGGGAAUCGCCGCCGGCAGAAGAACAAGAAUGGGUCAAUUACGGUUCCUUCUCCAAGAAAUACUAGAAGAUCACGCAGGCGGCUUGAACCGGAGGCAAGAGAAGAAAGGGAUUUGGGCGUGGCGGAGGAGAUGGGUAGGAUUAGAAGGAGAAAGAACAAUGGCCGUUCAAAGAAGGAUAAGCUCAGUUUGGUUCCAUCAGCUCCAUCCCCAAAAACCAGAGACAUCAUCGAGAGACAUGAUCUUGACCGAAUUGGAGAGAUGAUAACUGAUCUGAUAAUGUGGAAUGAUGUGGCUAAGUCUAGCCUUUGGUUCGGUUUAGGAUCAAUUUGUUUCCUAUCUUCUUGUUUUUCCAGCGGAAUCAACUUUAGCAUCUUCUCAAUGAUAUCUCAAUUGGGUCUUUUGUUCUUGGGUGUUUCAUUCUUGUCAAGCUCAAUUUGUCAGCGGGAAAAUGCAGAAAAGAGGCCUGAAUUGAAGCUAGGAGAAGAAGAUAUAUUGAGAAUGGCUAGACUUAUACUUCCAACAAUAAACUUAGCUCUUUCAAAGACAAGGCAACUAUUUUCUGGUGAACCCACAAUGACACUCAAAGUUGCUCCAUUUCUGGUUAUGGGAGCAGAAUAUGGUUAUCUUAUGACACUGAAGAGGCUUUUGGCUGUUGGUUUCUUUAUUAGCUUUACUGGUCCAAAGUUGUUCUCUCGCUACCAGGGACAAAUAAACGACAAGGUUCAACUUGUGAAGAGGAGAGUGUUGGAUGCUUGGACUGCUUGUUCUCAUAAGAGGAUUGUAGGAGUUUCAGUUGUUACAGCCUUCUGGAACUUGUCCACCAUUAAAACAAGGAUAUUUGCAGCUUUCAUAUUAUUGGUAUUGGUGCGAUACAACCGGCUGCAUUCGGAAGCAGAAGUGAAAGAUGUUGUGGCUGUAAAAGAGCAGAAUAUAGAGCAUUUGGGGACUCUAAUUGUGGUUGAUUGAAGCCUGAAUUUGCCUUUAUUGUAUAUGUAAAAUGUAAUGUUCUUUUCAAUCAAUCGUACAAUAAUACAUCAGAAGAUGUACACAUCAUUGUAAUUCAUCAAUUCAAUUCAAUCAUUUCU